AUGACUGAAGCAAUAGCCACAUCUGCUAAAGAAUUAGAAAGAGAACUGCAAAGUUUAUAUGUACCUUUUCAGGGAGAAGAAUCUGAAGAAAACUGGUUGGUACGUGAGCGUGGUAUAAAUCGUCUUCGUACUUUAAUUGAUGGAGAUGUUAUUGCACUCUACCAUGACACUUUUAUGAAUGGAAUAAAAAUACUUAUGGAUGGUAUAAUUAAAUCACUUACCAGUUUACGCACAGCGUUAACUUUAGCUACCUGUGGACUUAUAAAAGACUUAUCAAUGAGACUUGGGUCAUCAAUUGAUCCAUUUGCAGAUAAUUUAUUAGUAAACCUCAUAAAAAUGGCCGCAUCAACAAAAAAAAUAGUUGGUCAAGCAGCAUCAAAUGCUGCUAAUGCACUACUAAGUAAAACCUCAUAUCAUUCUCGGCAUGUAUUACAAGUAUGGUAUACAAUGGAAGAAAAAAAUAUACAACUAAGGAUUUUUGCUAUUGGUUAUGUAAGAACCUUACUUCUGACUCAUUUUGACAGAAGAGAUGCGAUGGAAAGAACAGGUGGUGCCGAAUCAUUAGAGAAAUGCGUCAAAAAGGGUUUGACUGAUGCAAAUCCCAAUGUAAGAGAAGGAUGUCGUUCAGUUUUUUGGAUUUUUUAUCAAACCUUUCCUGAAAGGGGUGAAAAUACGGUUACUAAAAAAACUCGUCGUAAUUCAUUUGGUUCUAGUAAAUCAAAGAGAAUGCCCAGUCCUUUAAAAUCAGAACAUGAUAAUAAUUCUUUAGCUAAUAAGCAGUCAAAAAGCCCAACUACUUUACGUGCAAAAUCUCCUGCACCGCCACCAAUGACGAGAAGUAAAUCAUCAUCAGGGGCAAUCAAUCUAUCACCACAACACAACGAUAGCCCACCCUUACCGCCAAAGUCACCCACACCCACAAGGGCGAAUGUUUUAACAAAACGAGCCUCAGUUGCUCAAUUUCCUAAAGUUCAGAUUCGUAAAUUAUCAGUUAUGGAACAAUUGGAACACAAUGAUUGGAAAAUACGUAUUGAUGGGCUAAAUAAUUUAGUAAGCUUGGCAAUAAAAAGAUCGUCAGAGUCAAAUACAGGAAAGCAUAACGAGUUCAAAAGGUCACCACUUCCGUCUGAUGAUGACUUAAAACCUGUUAUUUUUAAGUUAAUAAAUGAUUCAAGUCCUAAAGUGAUUGAGUGUUUGUUGUCCGCAAAUAAUGUUGUUGAAAUUGCCAAGAUUGUCAAGAUUGAACAUUUUAUUCUUAAAGUACUUUUGAUUGCCAGCGAUGAUGACAAAACUGAGCAAUCAGUAACUGUUCAAGCCUGUCUUCCAGAAAUGAAACAUACAAUUGGAAAAGAGAAUUCUUUAGCUGCAUUAAGUAAGUGUUUUUUGAUUUUAGGAAGCCCUGGAACUUCGCCAAAAAAGUUAGCAGCUGGAUUAGGUUUCUCGCCGCCACAAAGGCGUAAAAUUAUCUACGGGCUUCUCACAUGGAUUAAUGAAAUCAUUGAACCUAAACUUGAAGAAGCCGAAAUAAAUGAUGGCGCAAUUGGUGGAUUUCUAGGUGAUCCAGAUAAAUACAAACUUCUUGUUAAUCGGGUCAUCCCAAUGGUAUUGACCACUAAGGAGAAUUCGGAAAAUUUUAAUCCACUUAGUAAUCUAUUAAUAAACUUGCACAAACUAAAUCCUGAUUUAUUCGAAUCAGUUUUAUUUACGUUUGAUUCUAAAACUGUUGAUGCGGUAGGAAAUAUGGUUGGAUGGGAAGAUGAAUUUGAAGAAGAAUCUGAAGAAAAUGAAAGAGAUGAACAUGAACUAGAACAAGAAGCAGAAUACCAACAUGAGCUGCAAUUGAAGCGACAAAAAGAAAAUUAUUUACAGCAGCAACUUGAACGAGAAAAAGAAAUAGAAUACGAACACGAGUUAGAAUUAAGACAACAAGAGGAAUAUGAAUUAUCACAACAACAAUAUGAAGCUCAAUAUAAACGAGAGAUGGAAUUCAGGAAACAAAAAGAAUUCGAGCUACAACAUGAACUUGAACGUGAAGCUCAAUAUAAACGUGAGAUGGAAUUAAGACAACAAAAAGAAUUUGAAUUGCAGCAACAACAUGAGCUUGAAUAUGAAGCUCAAUAUAAACGUGAGAUGGAAUUAAGACAACAAAAAGAAUUUGAAUUACAGCAGCAACGUGAACUUGAACAUGAGGCUCAAUAUAAACGCGAGAUGGAAUUAAGACAACAAAAGGAAUUUGAAUUACAACAGCAACGUGAACUUGAACGUGAAGCUCAAUAUAAACGUGAAUUUGAAUUAAGACAACAAAAAGAAUUAGAGUUACAACAGCAACAUGGACUUGAACGUGAAGCUCAAUAUAAAAAAGAAAUGGAAUUAAGGCAACAAAAAGAAUUUGAAUUGGAGCAACAACGUGAAUUCAAACAUGAAGCUCAAUAUAAAGGAGAAAUGGAAUUAAAGCAACAAAAAGAAUUCGAGCCACAACAACAUGAACUUGAACGUGAAGCUCAAUAUAAACGCGAGAUGGAAAUAAGGCAACAAAAAGAAUCUGAAUUCCAGCAACAACAUGAGCUUGAACAUGAAGCUCAAUAUAAACAAGAGAUGGAAUCAAAGCAACAAAAAGAAUUAGAGUUACAACAGCAACAUGAACUUGAACGUGAAGUUCAAUAUAAAAAAGAAAUGGAAUUAAGACAACAAAAAGAAUUUGAAUUGCAGCAACAACAUGAACUUGAACAUGAAACUCGAUAUAAAAAAGAAAUGGAAUUAAGACAACAAAAAGUAUUUGAAUUGCAGCAACAACGUGAACUCGAACAUGAAGCUCAAUAUAAACGAGAGAUGGAAUUAAAGCAACAAAAAGAACUCGAACUACAACAAAACGAACUUGAACGUGAAGCUCAAUAUAAACGCGAGAUGGAAAUAAAGCAACAAAAAGAAUCUGAAUUACUACAGCAGCACCAGGAAGAGGAACAUGAAUUACCAUCGAGGCAACAAAAAGAACUUGAGCAACAGCAACUUCAUGAACAAGGAAAAGAAUUAGAAUAUCAGCAAGAGUUGGAGUUAAGAAAGCAAGAGGAGUAUGAAUCACAACAACAUCGUGAAGCUCAAUAUAAGCGAGAAAUGGAAUUAAGACAACAAAAAGAAUUUGAAUUACAGCAACAGCAUGGAAUUGAGGCAAAAGAAAGACAGCAACGUGAAGCUCAGUAUAAGCGAGAAAUGGAAUUAAGACAACAAAAAGAGUAUGAAUUACAGCAGCAACGUGAACUUGAACGUGAGGCUCAUUAUAAACGAGAUAUAGAAUUAAGACAGAAGAAAGAACGUGAAUUUGAAUCAAGGCAACAAAAGGAAUUUGAGAUGCAGCAACAACGUGAGGCUCAAUAUAAAAGAGAGAUGGAAUUAAGACAAAAGAAAGAAUAUGAAUUACAAAAACAACAACAUGAACACGAUGCACAAUAUAAACGUGAAUUCGAGUUAAGGCAACAAAAGGAAUUUGAACUCGAAGCACACUAUAAACGUGAGUUUGAGUUAAGAAAUCAAAAGGAAUUUGAUGAGUAUGAUGAUACCAUCAGUGAAUUUGAUCUUAACCAGUCAGAAAAAUCAUCCACAAGAGAUGGCACUGUGGUAAGCAAACCUGUCAAUCGUAUUGUGUCGCUUCCUCCACCUUCACACGAAUUAGGAAUUCCUGAUUUUGAUGAAAUUAAUUCAGAUUUAGAAAAUAUAAAUGAAAUUGUUAAAAAAUUAGAUAUGGAAGAGGAGGAGUUGAUCGAGGAAAAUAUAUCGGGAGAUCUUGGUGAAAUAGCAGCUAACAGAGCAACCAGCAUUAUUAUUACUGAAGACACUUGGGCACAACUAUCUAACACUUUGAAUGGCAAUCUAAAUAAUCCUUUUUACACCGACCCAGAAAAACGAUUCAAAAUUGAAGAUGAUAACAAUAAUGAUACAAAAAUAAAACAACCUUUUUCUGCUGCUCCAUUAAACAUGAAAAACAGACCUCUAAAUUUAUCACUAGAACAAAGGAUAGAAAAGAUAGAUGAGAAAGAUGAAAAGUUAAUACCUGUCAAUGAUAGUAAUAAUAUGAAUGUAGAAAACCAGUCCUCAACAAAUUCUCCAAUUAUAAAAAAUAAUAUUGAUUCUAGAUUUGAUAUAGCACCAUCGUCCCCUGAUUCUUCAGCUAGGAAUGGAAGUUCAACUCCAGGUGCUCGUGAUAGAGCAAUCAAAAUGAGCGAACGUUUUGGUUUAGAUUCACCGUUGCCCACCUCUGCACAAGAAAAAAAAUUAAUACUUGUUACACUCCUGGCAAGAUUAAGCAACAAUGAAGUUGAUGUUUGCCUCUUUAGAAAAUUGAUUCAAUUUUCAAGAGAAUCACCUUUAUCCGAUCAAGAACUAGCCAAAGACAUUUGGGAAAACGGUGAAAGAUUUAACGAAUUGAUGAAUUCAUUAAUAGGUUUUUUCAGUGAAUCUGAUCAGCAAAAUCUAGAAUUAAAAGGAAAUGCUCUCGAGCUACUUCAACAACUAAUAAUCAAUCAAUCGGGUUAUCUUAAAAGUUUUGAACGAGAUGUUUUACAUGUUCUGUUAGAGUGUCAUUCUGAACAAUCUUCUAUUUUAUCCAACCAAAUUGAAGAAAUUAUGGAUGAGUACGUUCGAAUCGUUGAUACACAAAUGGGAUUAUAUGCGCUGAUUGACAUCAUGGAAACCAAUCUAUUUAUGAAUAACUUUGGAGGGAAUCAAUCUCCACAAUUACAAGCAGUUAAUAAUAGUAAUGGCAUAAAGGGGUCGGCAUUUAUUGUUUUAUCAAAAUUGGUUAGACGAUUUGAUAAAAAAUCCUUAGAAAGACAAGUAGGAAGGGUUGUUCCAUUAGCCAUUAAGGGUUUUAAUGACACAAAACCUGAAAUACGAAAAGCUGUGGUUGAUGCAAUCGUUGCAAUAUAUUCCGUAAUUGGUGACGAUAAAACUUUUUUUCAAUAUUUAGGCAGCCUAAGUCCUUCGCAAAAAAAUUUAUUAAAUUAUUAUUUUGACAAAACUACAAAACAACAUAAAAUUACACAAAUAUCAACAAAAGGGGUGCAAAUAUGA